AUGGCCUGGGCAACCACAUAUAGGCUUGGAUGUGCUGUCGUAACUUGCCCAGAAUACACUUAUGGCGUUUGUCAAUACGGACCAGCAGGAAAUCGUCUGAAUAGCAAAAUCUACAUCACUGGUGAGCCUUGCUCUCGAUGUCCAAAAUUAUUUACUUGCAGUGAAGAAGAGGGACUCUGUAAUGUCGUUAGAAGAGCACACUGA